ACUAGUUCAUUAGGAAAUGCACGAAUUCUUGAUUUUAGAGUCCAAGUUGCAACUCGAAAAGAUUUUAAAGCAACAAAGGCACAUUGGUACUAUAGACUCCGCAAACCACGGCCACUCAAGAGCUUAAUGAUUAUAAAUAAAGGCGGGUGUGGAAAAACUUCGCCUGGAAUUGGAGACGUACAGUUUGUGAAAGAUUUGAUAACGGAUAACAUUGUAACUACAAAGUUUCGCUGCUCAAAAUUUGGAAUGGCUCAUAAUGCAAGGACACUGUUUGGAUGGGCUAAGAUGAACGAUUGCUUGCAAAGGCCAUGUCGCUGGGGAUUUGCUUUUCAUCACAAAUACCCGCUUCAAACUGACUACUCUGGGGCAUUCAGCUACAGCACAAAAAACAGCAUUUCUGGAAUAGAUUACGGAGCGACAGCACUUGUUGGUUGCGACAAUGGCCAGUGUUGCGGUUGUUAUGGACCCAAGAAUGGAACGAAAAACUACUGCUUCAAGGAAUGUGAUGCACGAAAUGGGGGAACCGUACGAAAAAACGUAUACACUUGGUUCUGGGUUAGAACAUCUAUUCCUAAAAGAUUGUGGACUAAAUGCAUGGACUACGAAGUGAUCGAGAAAAACACUUCUGUGUGGUACAAACUUGUUGGUGGAAGUGGAUUACCAAAGAAGGGUCGCUGUGGUAAAGACGAGCUUCUUUUCUACGACGGGAUGUUGGUUGUUCCAGACAAUGCAACAGCAAAGAAAGUUCCAAAUGUCGAAGGAAUGAUGGUGUACAGGAAAGACAACAACAAACUUUAUAUUCAAGGAGAUAAAAAAAUGAACGCGUUGGCCGAGGAAAAGAAGAUAAUCAAAAUAUUGGAUAAAGAUAUUGCGAAAUUGGAGAGUAAAUUCGAGAGCUUCAAUCAAACCUUGACUAGAAAAAUACGUUUAAUGAACUCUCGUAAGUACAUGCAUGCAUCAGCGGUGCUCAAGGCUGAUGGAAAUAACAGCCAAACAUAG